UGACCGCUCUGGCUGCAGUCCGAGUCAUAAAUACGAGCGGUGGUUACUCACGCGCCAGCCAAUACGGCCGGAGAUGCUACUGUGCAUUCCGACGGUGAAGCUGUUCCGGGUUCAGCAACGCCAUAAUUUUAGCUCUUUAGCAAAGCGUUUCAGUCUCACCGGGAAAUUACCUUUAGAUCCCCAAACUCAGGCCUCUUUGGACAAGGACUUCUUACCUUGGUUAGAACGAAUUGCUGGAUCGAAGAUAACUGACACGCUUACGAUUGGGAAAUCCACCUAUGGCAGGUCACUGUUUGCCUCAAAAGUUAUCCAUGCCGGGGACUGCAUUUUGAAAGUCCCUUUUAAUGCGUGUUGCUCUAACAGAAAUUUUCAGCAAAUUACUCCAGAUGAGCUUCCCCCAGAUAUUAGAGUUUCAUUGGCUGACGAAGUUGGGAAUGUUGGAAAGCUUGCUGCUGUUCUAAUAAGCGAGAAGAAAAUGGGUCAAAAGUCUCGAUGGGUCCCUUAUAUUAGCCGACUUCCUCAGCCUGCAGAGAUGCACAGUACGAUAUUUUGGGGUGAAGAUGAGUUCAGCAUGAUUCGUUGUAGUGCAGUUCACAAGGAAACACUAAAACAAAAAGUCCAGAUUGAAAAGGAAUUCUCAUUUGUAGCACAGGCAUAUAAACAACAUUGUCCCAUGGUGACUGAACCUCCAGAUUUGGAAGAUUUCAUGUACGCAUAUGCUUUAGUGGGAUCUCGUGCAUGGGAAACCUCAAAAGGCAUAUCUCUGAUUCCGUUUGCGGACUUCAUGAACCAUGAUCGGCUUUCUGCAUCAAUUUUUAUUAGCGAUGAAGAAAAGCAACUAUCAGAGGUCACUGCAGAUCGUAACUACAGUCCAGGUGAUGAGGUGUUCAUUAAGUAUGGGGAAUUCUCAAAUGCUACACUCAUGUUAGAUUUUGGAUUUACCCUUCCUUACAACAUUCAUGACGAGGUUCAAAUCCAAAUGGUUGUGCCGAAUGAUGAUCCUCUUCGCAACAUGAAGCUGGGACUUCUCUGGACACAUCACACUCGAACUGUCAAAGAUAUCAAUAUCUUUCAUUCUUCUUGUGAUAGUUUCACAAUCAAGGAAGUGAAAUCUGCUAUAGGGAAAGGGAGAGGGAUUCCACAAUCUCUCCGUGCAUUUGCUCGUGUUCUCAGCUGUACCAUUCCUCAAGAACUAAAUGAUUUGUCAAAAGAAGCUGCACAAAAUGAUGGCCGACUAGCUCGGCUUCCUUUAAAAGACAGGAGCAGAGAGUUGGAGGCACAUAAGAUCCUCUUGUCUCAUAUCAACAGAUUAAUUGAGGAUCAUAGUGCUUGCAUCAAGGACAUGGAAGAAUCUAAAUGUUAUUUUGGAUCACAAAGACUUGUUGUUAGAAGGCAGAUGGCAAGAGACCUCCUAUAUGGCGAGCUUCGUGUUCUGAGAUCUGCAGCUGAAUGGCUGAGUCAUUAUUGCACAGCCUUGUUUACAGAGACCAGUCUCUACAAUAGCAAUAUACCAAUGAAUUGAGCUAUUGGAGAAUAAAAAAACUCGUCUUACUCUAUUCCUUAAUCCGGAUUUGUAAAUUUUACUACGUUCCAUAAACAAAGCCAACAAGCAAAAGAGAAAUGAUGAACAUGUUGGAUCA